AAGGCCCUGACGUGGGACGGUAGGCCUCUGACAUCCCCUCCUUUCGGCCCUGAGGUACCCAGGCCUGGUGGCCCCAGGACGUUCCCGUCGGAUGGCGGAGUGCUCUGAACGACGCCCAUGAAGCUGGUGGUCCUAGUUGCGCUGUGGCUAUGGCCUUCGUCACUGCUGGCGUAUCCAACCAUAACUGUGUUGCCCGAUGAAGAGCAGAAUUUGAAUCAUUAUGUACACAUUUUACAGAACCUCAUAAUGAGUGUCCCCACCAAGGAGCAGGAUCUCGGGAAAAAGUUGAGUUCUUCAAGAACUGUGGAUAGCGCAGAGCCAAGGUCAUUGGCAUCCAAGGUGCUACUCACCCCUGGGUUAGUCUCCGCUCAAGAUGUCACCCCUGAGAGCGAUGUUCUGAUCAGACCCGUCGAUGAAACGACAAAUUCCCGUACUAGAGGCUUCACGCUGAGGAGAAGAAGAACCCAAAGUACAGCAUUCUGGUCCAUCCGGCCAAACAAUAUUUCUGUUGUUUUACGCACGGAGGAACCAUUUAUUGAAAAAGAACCGGAACCAGAACUGGAGUCUAGUCGCCUGCCUACUGAGCCGGAGCCGGAGCUGGAACCGGAGCCGGAGCCCGUGGCUGAAUCCCGGCAAAUGUCAGAGCCCGAAGAAGAGUUAGUGACCAGCACAACGCCAAACAAGGAGCUAACGGGGACCUCACGGAUAUCAUCCAUGGCCACCCAGCCAGCUAACACCCAGGCAACUCGUAUUACUGUAACAGUAAAGACCACCAGCACCAUGGAUGUCUCCACAGACUCUGAGGAUGUACCCCAGCUCUCAGGCCAGUCGGAAAUCCCGAGUGCUGAAGACUUACCUGGACGUCACUCACUGAAUACGAGACAUGAGGAUAUUUUGAAAAAAAUUUCCAAUAUUAAUGCGGAGAUUCAGCAGGGGCUUCUUGGUGGCAAUAAUAGUCCCGAGUUCAAGGAGUUCAUCAAGGCCUCCAGGGAGCACCUGAAACGGAGCCUGGCCCUGGCCGCAGCCGCCGAGCACAAGUUGGAACAGAUGUACGGAUCUAACGUCUUCCCAGAGGGACGUACCAGCGACCCAGACAAUGACAUGGAAAUGAUUAUCAAUAUGCUGUACAACUCCAGGUCCAAGUUGUCAGAUUAUUUCAAUAUUAAGCGUGUACCAUCAGAGCUGAGAGAAAAGGCUUCCGUCGUGAAUGCUGAGUUGAGAAAAAUAUUAUGUGUGGAUCAGGUAGAAAUGCAAAGCCUCAUUAAGAAGCUGUUAAGCAAUAAUAUGAAAAUCCUAAAUAUUCUUAAUGUCCCAUGACCAAACUCAUGUAAGCAAAGGACUUGUUCACAGGAAAAUAAGCAUAGUGAUUUUUAAAGUUGCCUAAAAUAUUUUCUACAAUAUUUUCCAUGUGCUAACAUCCUUGUAUGUCAUAUCAUAAAAUAUUUUCAUAUGCACUAAAAUCCUAAAAAUUUUAAAAUAAAAAUUUGCUUUGUGAGUCUGUAGUUUUUUUUCUUCUCACUAAUCUAAGCUGUGAAGAGCUGGCCUUACAGUGUUUUGGAUUUGCUUCUACUUAGUUCACAGGCUGCUUGGGCUGGGUCAGGGUUAAAAGAACUGCUUACAGUUUUGAACCCACUUUCAGAGCAUCUGCGUUUUCUGUAUGAAUGGUACACUUGAGGCUGAUGUCGGAACUCUCCCAUGUGGGUGCAUGUUGCUUCUUUGGAAAGUGGGUGAUGUACUGGGGUCAUUAUGGGGGACUGGAUCUGUGAUGAAGGCCAUCCUCACAAUUUCCUCCCUGGCCUUGCAUACAAACACAUUAAAGAUUUACAAUCUUUUGAUAGCAAGUAUGACUGAUACCGGUUAAGUUAGACAUUCAAUAUAAUAACGAAAGUGCAGUUUUGUUUCAUGACUUGGCCAGUAUUAUAUUCAAGUUCAUUUACUUAGCACUCAGGCUCUCACUAGCACUCAAGCUAGUCAUUUACAGAUCAAUAAAGAUUUAUUGACCCUCUGCUAGAACAAAAUGCUAGGCUUUGGGGAUAGAGUGAAGAGCUAUGUCCCUCUCUCUUUGAGAGUAUAACAGGGAAGCUAGACUUUGAACAAAGAUUUCCAUAUUUUAAAUUUUCAGUUGGGACGAGCUAUUAUGAGAAGUAGCUGUCUAACUUCAUCUAGAAUAUCAAGAGAAGUAGCCUUAGGCGAGUGGCAUUUGAGGGGAGGUCUGAGAGACGAGAUAUGCUUGGGGGAAGAGAAUACUGCAGGCACAGGAAGAACGUGUGUAAGUGUUGAGCUGAGGCCAAGGGUAGAAGGUUCAAGAAGUGCCAGAGAGAAUAUUCCAAGACAGAGCAGGCACAGAAGGCCAGAGAGAAGCUGGCAGGCUUUGUGCUGUGCAUUAACCAUUUCACCUUUAUCUUGUGCUCGGCUUUGUAUCAGACACCAACCAGUGUGUUUAAAUGUAACACUCUGGCUACAGUUUUAGGGGCAGACUGAGGUGGACAGGAGCUGUGCUGGAGCCAGAUCUGCCUUGGAUUACAUGGGAGGAAGUGACAAAAGCCAGAACAAACAGAACCAGUGACUGGGGGAGUAACGGUGACCAGACUGUGGUAUAAAGUGAUACAGAGGUUUGCUUUCACAAAACCACUGUACACCGUGCUUUUUUUAAAAAAAUAACUUACUAUGAAAAACUUCAAGCAUUGCAAAAGUGAGCCGUAACAUGGUAACAGUACAGAGUCAUUACCCAGUGUGAACAGUCGUGUUCUAAUGGGCAGUAGUCUCUGUCUGUCUAGCCCUAUGCUACCCCACUUCCUGUAUGCUCAACUGGAUCCUCAAGACCAUUUCAUCUCUAGCUGCACCACGUGAGGCUCUCUCAGCUUUUGAAGAACAUUUGCAAAUGUUUCAUAACAAUACCAUCACGUGCAGUUAAUGGUAUCUAGUCAAUGUUUAUAAAGUGAUUAGACAAUGGGAAAUUUGGAGUUUCUUUGUAUGAAUCAAGAUCAAAUAAAGUUCACGCAUUGCUACUGCC